CAGCGCCUCCUGGUCAUGGUUCUCGACUACCCGGCUUGCGGCUACCCUGCUAACAUCACAGAGGAAGAAAUCCGGACCCUCUACCUGGGCCCAAAUGGGGAUGGCAAGGGGGGCCUUGCUGAAAAGUACACGCAGUGCUCCUAUGGGAAGUUCAACCUCGACAUAACUGCCUUCCGGGCUGUGCGUGUGACGCACCAGUGUUCGACACCUAUCACGACUAGUUGUGCCGACUGGGCAAUGUCCACCAAGGCGGAUGGAGCGACCAAAGCCCUCAUCGGCCCUGCAGCCUUCUCAUCCUUCAGCCACUACACCUACAUAGUGCCACCGGGGCUUCAACCAGUGUGCCCCUGGUCAGGGCUGGCAUAUUUGCCGGGCCGACAGACCUUCCUGCAGACAUCAGCCAAUGGAGUGUACAGAUGGGCAACAAUAAUGCAGGAGGCCCUACACAACUAUGGUCUCUGGCACUCUUGGCAGAACGGUAUUGAGUACGGCGACUACUCGACGGCUAUGGGUCGCGGCAACGCUUGCCCCAACGCUGCGGAGAUCUCCCGCAUGGGCUGGGCCACUCCCGCGGUCGGAGGUGACCAGCUGAACAGCAGUGCCUUGCUGCCAGGCACUACGAAAACCUUUGUGCUGCCUGCCACCUACCUCACCGGCAGCAACAACUACCUGCGUGUCAUACCCGACUGGCUGAGUAUGUACAACGACUCAAAGUCAGCUCUGAACCUGUACAUGGCUGUCCGAGUAGCAAGGAGAGGCGAUGCUGGCCUAGGACAAUCAUACGCUUCCAAGGUUAACAUUCAUGAAGUAAAUGCCACGAUGGAUAAUGGCUUACCAAACCUCUAUGCAAACAGCGACCGCAAAAUCCAGUUCAUCAACGCCGUCAGCCCCAUGUCCCAGCUGACCUUGGAUGUCUACAACCUAGUCGUGUAUGGGGGAUCAUGGGUCGAUACGGACACCUUGAGGGUGCACCUCUGCCGAUUUAAGAACUCGCCUUUUGAGUGUCCUUCCCUCGGCGACCUGGAAGCCCAGCCACCUCCGCCCCUUUCCCCGCGGCCCCCGAGCCCGCGACCUCCUAGACCUCCACUGCCAAGGCCACCGUCACCUCCUUCCCCCCGGCCACCUCCACCUGUGCCACCGCCACCCCCCAGCCCUCCACCCCCUAGCCCUCCACCCCCCAGCCCUCCACCCCCUAGCCCUCCACCCCCCAGCCCGCCACCCCCCAGCCCGCCACCGCUGAGUCCACCGCCCCCACCUCCCACACGAAUAGGUAAGUUUGCCUUCCUUGCUUGGCUUGUUGGCUCAUGCGAGCUCCGCACUCGUUUCUGGCCACCAGCAGACCAUUAUCAAUCCAGGGCUGAUACUCUAGAGUAA